CAAAACUCCUGUGCGUAAGAGAGAGAUUCUGCUCCUCCAUUUCCGAUCCUAUCACUUUCAGCUACUGCUAUGGAGUUCGAAUAUAGUGGCUCCUUAUCUAACAGCUAAGACGCCCUUACCCCUUUGGUUUCGCCGCGUCUCUCUUCCUCUAAUUUCUGCUCGUUCACUCUGAAAUAUGCUCGUCUCUCAUUUCAGGAGCUGAUUCCCUUUUAUUAUUAUUUUAUCUUAAUUCUUUCCUUUUUGCCAUCUUAUGGACAGAAUGGCGUGAUUCCCAACUUAGUGGAUGGUGACACAAAACAUUCUACUUUUCUCUCUACUUAUAGGCGGGGCUAUCUCUCCAACUCACGCUUCAAUCCUCAAUUCACCCUUGUCCGUUUCUGCUCUUUAUGUGUUCUUGAUUUUCCUUGUUUCAUGAGCUCCAGUGUUGCUUUUGGGAUGCUACUUUUUCUACUACACUAGAAAGUAUGACUUCAAAGUUGCUUUUGAGUUUGGUUGCUGUGCAUUAUCGAUCCUUAUGAAUUUGCGUUUUGCCUGGGACGAAGAAUUUGGUGCUUCUAUUGGCAUCAAGAACCUGAAGUGGCUUCCUAUCUUUCUCUCUGUUAAAGGAUGACGCUAUCAUCGAGUCUCAAGAACAUUAGCAAAUCACAGUCUCAUGUUUUUCAUUUCUUAUGCUUUGAUUGUUAUCUCAACAAUUCAUAUGGUCUCAACUUUCAUUGUCAGCCUUGAAACCGCCUAGUUAAUAAAUUGACCAUUGAUGCAGGUUGCCACAUUAAAGCUGAAUUCGUUCACCCACUGUUUCUAAUCUUUGAGCUGCUAUGGGUUACCUAAAUAAUGAGUUUGAUCAAACUAAUCAACAAAAUGAUCAUGGUGCACUGAUACGAAAUGGAAAGGAAAUUCUUUUUCAGGCAUUCAACUGGGAGUCUCACAAAUAUGAUUGGUGGAGAAAUUUAGAAAGAAAAGUUCCCGACAUAGCAAAAACUGGAUUUACUUCAGCAUGGUUGCCACCACCAACACAUUCCUUCUCUCCUCAAGGUUACGCUCCACAAAACCUUUACUCUCUCAACAGUUCAUAUGGUUCUGAGCAUCAGUUACAAGCUUUGCUUCAUAAGAUGAAGCAGUGCAAGGUACGAGCAAUGGCUGACAUAGUUAUCAAUCAUCGUGUUGGCACAACCCAAGGACAUGGAGGGAUGUAUAAUCGUUAUGAUGGAAUUCCAUUAUCAUGGGAUGAACGUGCUGUGACAUCAGAUACUGGUGGUUUGGGUAAUCGAAGCACAGGGGCCAUUUUCCAUGGGUUUCCAAAUAUUGAUCAUACCCAAGAUUUUGUGAGAAAGGACAUCAUUGGAUGGCUCCAAUGGCUACGCAACAAAGGAUUUCAGGAUUUUCGUUUUGAUUUUGCAAGAGGUUAUGCCCCAAAAUUUCUGAAAGAGUAUAUUGCAAAAACAAAGCCAGCAUUCACUGUUGGGGAAUACUGGGAUUCUUGCAACUAUCAUGGUUGUGUUUUGGACUAUAACCAAGACAGCCAUAGGCAACGGAUAAUCAAUUGGAUUGAUGGCACAGGUCAGCUUUCAACUGCAUUUGACUUCACAACAAAAGGGAUUCUCCAGGAAGCUGUCAAGGGAGAUUUUUGGCGUUUAAAGGAUCCUCAAGGAAAGCCACCGGGGGUGAUGGGAUGGUGGCCAUCAAGGGCAGUGACAUUUCUAGAUAACCAUGACACAGGUUCUACCCAGGCUCAUUGGCCCUUUCCUUCAAAUCAUAUCAUGGAGGGUUAUGCUUACAUAUUGACUCAUCCUGGGAUACCAACAGUUUUCUAUGAUCACUUUUUUGAUCGGGCAAACUCCAUUCAUGAUCAGAUUGUGAAGUUGAUUGAUAUCCGCAAGCGUCAAGGUAUUCACAGUAGAUCACCUGUGAGGAUUGUGGAUGCUAAGCAAAAUCUGUACGCAGCAUUCAUUGAGGAGAAAGUGUGCAUGAAGAUUGGAGACGCUUCUUGGUGCCCUUCUGGGAGGGAAUGGACACUUGCAGCUUCUGGCCACAGAUAUGCAGUAUGGCACAAAUAUUAAAUCAUUGCCCUUUUUAUUAUUAUUUCAGCUUUUCAUUUGCUAUAACUGGGGAUACACCCUCAGGACCCUGUAGGUCGUGGACUCAUUCCAUGUGACAAAUAAUAAUGAUAAUUAUUUUGGGAGCCCUCCCCCCCCCCCCCGGGGAAAAAAAGUGAAAAUAAAAUUGCUACUAUGCCACCUCAGCUUAUGAAAA